GUUCAUUUAAUUACACAAGCCACUAACCUUGGGCAGUGUUAAUCCCCAACUUUGAAAAUGAUCAAGGUCGCAGCUAUUUUACGAGGUUGUGAGACUUUCCUCUUUGAUUGUGAUGGUGUUAUUUGGAACUCCAACAUUCUAAUCCCAUCGUCUCAGGCACUUAUACAACAUCUGCUUGAGUUAAAGAAGAAUCUUUUCUUAAUUACGAAUAAUAGUAGGCGGUCCGUGGAGGAAUAUCUUUCUAAAUGUCAUGGUCUUGGACUUCCAGUCUCAGAAAAAAAUAUAAUAUGCUCUGCUCAUGUUGCUGCCACAUAUCUUCGAGAUAAUCUUCCUGAUGGUGAGGUAUACGUGAUUGGCGAAAGUGGAAUUAGUACGGAAUUGAAAAAGUUCGGAAUACCUCAUCAUGGUGUUGGACCUGAUUUACCGACAAACUUGGCUAAUCCGCUUGAGGGUGUUCAGUUGAAACCGAAUGUAAAAGCCGUACUUGUGGGAUUCGAUAGUCACUUCAAUUACAGAAAGCUUAUGCAGGCAACUUCGUACAUAAGCAAUGGAGCUUCUUUCUAUGCUACUAACGAAGAUGCUCAGCUACCAGGGGGUAACAUAGUGUUACCAGGUACUGGCUCAAUAGUAUCAUCUGUUAAAGUUGCAUCUGGAAAGGAACCUGUCGUAUUUGGAAAGCCCCAUAAACCCAUGUUUGAUCUCCUGUGUAAAUAUUGUGAUUUGGAUCCGUCUAAAACCAUUAUGGUUGGAGAUAAGUAUGUGUUAUUGUCAGUUUUAUAUUGAACAAGUUAAUCAAUAUAUUUCAAUAAUUCUUUCAUUUGACUAGAUGUUGUGGUCAUCAACAUUUGCCUACCUUUUAAACAAGUAAUAUCACUUCCCUUCAUAAGUUAACAGUAUUUUAACUUCCCUGUUUCUUAUUCUGUUAUUUUGUGCAGCAUGUUUAAUCUUUACCAAACACCAGAUGUAAGAGUAAAUGUCCGUUUCAUUGUGAAGAAGGCUCUUACAGAGAAGGUUGUGUGCCUUAUGCAUAAUUUGAAUCCUUGAUUACUAUCAUAAAUCGAAGUUAAAAAUGUGGGUUAUGAUAAAAUGCAUUUGGGUCUGUGUCUUAACUGAUGUGUUCCGCACAAGUUUUUUUAGCAGAAAAAGAACAUUGUAGAAGUGGAGCGUAUUGAGUACACAAACGUAAUAACUGACAUUUUCGUGAGAAAUGUUAUCCAUACUCAUUCUACUAGAAAACAUCUUUGAAAGUUGAGGGAUAACUCAUUUUUCAACAGCUACAAGGAAUUUUGUUCUAAAGCUUUUGGGACGAUACACCAUUUUCUUUGCACGAGUUUUUGGUAAAUCAUCGUUGUGGUUGGCUACAAACAGUUAUAAAAUGGGGUGCAGGGACAGGUUUUAUGACAGUAACAUCAUUGAAGAGGAGACUCUGCAAGUAUGCCCUUUUAAUUGAGGUUUUAAAUUCAAACACCGAUGGUCUCCUUAAUACUUUUGGUAACCUAUCUUUUCAGGUGUCUACUUGGAGUGGAAUGAGUUAGAGAUGAUCAAUUUAUAUUCAACUUUAUUUUAGAUAUACUUAUGUAUAGCCCUCCAACCAUCUUACUUAAAAGACUGUUUCCUUCCUGAGAAUUUUGCGGUUGCUGAAAUCCUGGUAUUGACAUAGAAAGUUGAUUUAGCUCUGGAUAUAUUGCGCCAUUUGGGGUUCAGAUGAUCUAUCCAAUUGUACAUCAAAGAUGGAGAAUAUUAUAUAGCGGUACACUGCUGCAAUCUAUAGAUGUUAAAAGUAUCUUCAUAACUGUUACGUUACGUUUCUUUACUUGUUCUGUCCAUUUUGCUUUUGUCCUAAUGCAUUUUACCAACUUACCUGUCUCGCUUCUAACUGACAUGCAAAUGUAUGGUGUAGCGACUUGGGUCACUACACAGUAAUACUAGGUCCUAUGUUGAUAUUUCCUGCUUCUGUCCUAUUCGUAGUUACCAAACUUUUUCACCGGUAUUCAGUUAGUUAUUGUCUUUCGUCACACAUAACUACCCACAGUUGUGUCAUUUUGUGUGUAUUAUCUGUUUUUGUGUAAUAUUUCGGAUUGUUGAAACUCAAACUUAUGCAGUUAUGUACAGUUUUCACCGUUGAUCUGUUCUGAAAAUCUUCCUUUAGCAUUCGUCAGUAUGUAGUAUAUUAGGUGUAUUGCUGUAACUAAUGCUUACUGUAUUGAACUGUUGGUAAAUGCAGGCUAUGUUGAUAUGUGUGGUGGUUCGAAGAGUUCGUUAAAAGAUUAUUUAUACUUUCGACACAUCUGUACAGACUUCAGUCAAAUGUUGACUGAAACGAACUGUAGAGAUCUGAAAAAUAAUCCCAAUCGAGUAUUUAAAAUAGCAGCUGGAAGUCAGUAACUUCAUUUAUAGACGAAGACUUAAUCCGCUUGACUCCGAGUACAAUGAAGAGCAAAGGUAGUUCGCAAUUAAAGUAAUGCAAUAAUAGUUGAAGAGGUAAACAACUGAAGCAUGAGGUUGUCAAGGAGUUCUGCUGUAACAGGCAACUUCUUAGACUGGUCGAGAAAAUUGUGAAAUAUUAAUGCAACUUCUUACAUAUUUGUGUAUUUAUUCAGGAGUCAGUGAGGUAACCCAAAUAAAUAAGUACCAUCUAAGAUAUAUCAAUAAAGGUUUGUUUUAUGAUCAGCAAUGCGUACAUUAUUUAUUUCGCCAUCAAUUGUUGUUGACACUUUUGUGGUUUAUUUCCACCUAAAUUUCAUGGUUCCAUUUCAUUGUUAUUUUUGAUGCGAUUUUCCAUUACUGGCUUUUCAGUGUUUUGUGUGAUAUGACAACUCGAUAUGAAUUGUUUACUGGGUUCCACUAAUACAGUCUAUUCUUUAAAUUUUUAGUUUAUAUACUGACAUUGCAUUUGGAAACAAAUUUGGCUUACACACAGCUUGUGUACUGAGUGGCGUGACAAAUCAGAAAUUAAUCGAUAAAGUAAACACUACACCUGGAGAUGAAAUACUUCGACCGAAAUUUGUUUUCGAAUCCGUUGCAGAUAUAUUAAAUAUUUUGAAGACUACUUAACUCACUCUACUCGUUAUCUUAUGUUUUUCUUGAAUAGCGCUCAUAAUUUUGUAUUUCACUUUUUUGUGUUUGUUCAUGUGUCUCAUCGAUAUGUAGUGGACUUUUGAAAAACGAAAAAUUUUCAAAUUUUUAUCUGCUAACGUAAUAUAACUUUUUCUAAUGUUAGUUUACGUAACCAUAGAUAUGAGAAAUUGCCUCUGAAUUUUUUUUUUUCUUGAAAUCAAUUGUAAUUUUUCAUCAAAUUAAAAAAAUCCUAUUUAGCAUACUUUUAUUGCCUUUUUGUAAAAAGAAAACAAGCCUUUUUAUCUAGAAGUGCGGAAUGCAAUAUGAAUUACACCUUAGUAUGAACUCGUUAGUUAGGUA